CUCCGUCUCAAAAAAAUAAUAAUAAUAACAAAGUUCUGAGGCAGAAUCUGGGUCCUCCCUUGUGACCCUGAGUGCCCACUGCUAACAACUACAAAUGGUCAUCAUCUCCAGCAAGAAUUAGAUUAUAAGCGCCAUGGCUAUGGCUAGUGUUAAAUUGCUUGCCGGUGUUUUAAGAAAGCCAGAUGCCUGGAUUGGACUCUGGGGUGUUCUCCGAGGGACACCUUCGUCAUACAAACUCUGUACUUCCUGGAAUCGAUACUUGUAUUUUUCUAGUACCAAGUUACGUGCACCAAAUUAUAAAACACUUUUUUAUAAUAUAUUCUCACUGAGACUUCCAGGGCUUUUACUAUCUCCAGAAUAUAUUUUUCCUUUUUCCAUAAGACUCAAAAGUAAUAUAAGGUCUACAAAAUCUACUAAAAAGUCUCUGCAAAAAGUAGAUGAAGAGGACUCUGAUGAAGAAAGCGAUCAUGACGAGAUGAGUGAGCAGGAAGAGGAGCUUGAGGAUGACCCUACUGUAGUCAAAAACUAUAAAGACCUGGAAAAAACAGUACAGUCUUUUCGGUAUGAUGUUGUCCUGAAGACGGGGCUAGAUAUUGGGAGAAACAAAGUGGAAGACGCUUUCUACAAAGGUGAACUCAGGCUGAAUGAGGAAAAAUUAUGGAAGAAAAGCAGAACGGUGAAAGUGGGAGAUACAUUGGAUCUUCUCAUUGGAGAAGAUAAAGAAGCAGGAACAGAGACAGUUACGCGGAUUCUCUUGAAAAAAGUGUUUGAAGAGAAGACUGAAAGUGAAAAAUACAGAGUGGUGUUACGGCGGUGGAAAAGUUUAAAGUUGCCUAAGAAGAGAAUGUCUAAAUAAAUGGAUUGCUUUUUAGCAAUAAAGCUGCUUUCUAGUGAUAAAGGAAGGGGGCACCUGAAAAAUAGGACAUUUUUAUUAAAAUAAAGUUCUCUUAGUGUUUGUGGAAUCUGCUGAGCCAUUUUGUGGAAAUUGGGAUCCAUAUCUGGAGAUACUUCCCAAGGCCUGCCUCACCCCCACCUCCUGCCCACCUUGAUCCAUGCUCCUUUGACCUCCUCGUGUGAGAACCCCUUUGCCAGAGUGAGACGUGUGCAGAAUGAACUAAGCCCCAGAGGGUUUUAAUGGCUUGCCUGCUGUUUCCCACAUAAACUACCUCAGGAGUCAUUGUAAAAUAAA